AUGGUCGGCCGCCUCCUCCUCCCCAACCUACUUCCAGCUUUCCCCUCCCUUCCCUUUGGGGUCUUGGGCCACAUGCAAGGCGCUGGCCUCCUGUCAUGUGACGACGCUGAUGGCCUUGGCCACCCAUGUUGUGUCGGCCGCUGGGCAUGGCGCGUGGUGCAUGCCAGCUUAAGCGCAGGUGCUCCAAUGUCUUGGCGGCCUCAUUGUCAUGGUAAGUGGCGCAAGAAGCCCCCUUGGGGCGUGGCGCGGCCCUCACAAUGGCGCGGGCAAGAACGGUUCGGCUGGCUUGGGCGGCAGCAGCUGUGCUUCUGGUCAUGCCACAGCGGGCAGCAAGACAUGCGCUUCGCUGGGGCGCGGGGAGAACUCGAGCCUUUCUUCUUCCCCGCCUCUCUCCUUCUCCCUCUCCCUCUCCACGAGUGUCAGAGCAAGUGUUCUCGAACAAGUAGAACAACAACAUUGAAGACAUCUGGGAGAUCCAAAAAUGUAUUACCUUCCUUUUAUGCUAACCUCCCACAGAGAAGAGUCUCAUGCCAUGGAACUAGCAGGAGGAACGAGGCAAAUCAAGACAAGCUGAAUACUGAUAUUUUUGAAUUAUACAUGGAGUAUGUGGUGCUGGUUGUUUCUACUUCUCCUGUUAGUUGGUCUUCUGAAGAAAUUUGUAUUCUUAUUGCUGCAAUGACUUCUUGCACAGGGAUCUUUGGAAGCACAUUGAUCAAGAUAAGAAGAGUGCUUAUGGGUACUUGGAUUCCUUAUGGUUUAACAUGUAUUACCAUGGGAGUGCCACAGAAAAAUGGGGAUGAAUGUGGAAUUUAUGUUCUUUAUUUCAUCCACUGUUUUCUACAAAACAAAGAACUGGCAGAAGUUCUUGAAAACAAAAGAUUGGAAGAAGAUUUCACCCAGCUGCUUGAUGAUGGCUGGUUUAACCCAGAGGAACUAGAGAACUUUUGCAAGGAUAUUCAUUCAUUCCAAGAGAAUCGGAAUAACAAAAUUGCAGAGUAG